UAUCAUAAUUCUAAUUUCAAAUUCUGACAGGUCAAUACUCAGCUUCUAAGAUUAAAACAAAUUUGCUCUUGUUUCAGGAUUGCAAAAAGUCCUCUAAAAUUAUCUUCUUUGUAGCCAUCUUCGAAUCAUUUCUUUCUAAAAAGAUAAAAUAAUGUUUCUUUUUGUAAUUUGAAUGAUCUCUUGGCCUUUGGUUUGUCAAUGCUCUCCUGAACCAUAGCUGGAGUGAUCGAUGCCCCGCUCUUUGUGACAAAAUGGCCUGAUUUCGCAGAAUCCGUGUCAUCAAAAACUUUCUUGCUGUCAUCAUACACCGCAAUGAACUCAAACUUUGGAUCUAUGAAUGACAUUCUUGCAUCAAAAUGUGCGUCACUGGCAAGAAAAUAGCCUCCAGGUUUCAAAUAUUUUUCGCAUGGCUUUGAAACGAUACCAGCACUCAGGGACAUUAAGAGAUCAAAACUUCCUGGUUUUUCCCCGAUAUCUCCGUCAAAAUUUUUGCACUUGAAUUUGAUGGUCGAAGCUUCUUCGUAUUCUUUGUUUUCUUUGACAAACUGGAGAACCUUUUCGUCAGUAAAUAAUUGUGCGACCUUGGAAUAAUUAUCAACGUAGACUACAUCAGAAAAAAUGAGAGACGCAGUGAUAUGUCUGUGGCAGCCUGGAUACAAAAGCUUCUUUGCUGAUGUGAAAUUUUUCAAAGCUCGGAAAACAGGUAUGUGAAAAUCUCCUAAGCCACCUUUGUAAGACUUGAAAUAAGCGGUUAAUGAUGCCGAUCCUUUUUUCGUUUUUAGUGCGCCAGCGCCAUCUUGUUUCUUCUUGGAACUGGCGGGAGCUUUCCCGCGGUUUGCACUCUUUUUUACAACUUUCCCUUUUGACUCUCCCUUCUUGGAAGAAACCUUUACACUGCUAAUGUUCGGCUUCCCCGCUUUUCUUGGCGUCGGCUUCAUCUAGAUGUUUUCAAUACCAAUGAAUCAAACAUUUGCAAUCCCUUUGCAAUGCAAGAAAGGAGGCGUUCCCACCAGUGAUUCCCUCUGAUAAGUGGUGAUUCCCAAUUUCUCGUCGCCUAUUGUUUUGGCGGCAAUUUUGAGUGAAACAAGAAGUUGUAGCCUCACAAUCAUUUGGUGAUUUGGCAUCGAAGCUUCUCGCCAGCCUGACGAAGGUUGAUGUUGUUUUUAUUGCUGUGGGUGGUUGGACGAAGUAGACGAGGACCAUGAACACUGCAGACCUAUGUGAUGCAUAUGGAGAUGAGCUGCAAUAUUUGCAGCCACUCACUUUCCGUGAUUUUGGUAAAAGGAAGAAAUUCGAAGGUGUUAUUGCUACAGUCAAAUGCCACGAUGAUAAUUCUAAAGUGAAGGAAGCUCUCAGCGAACCAGGAGAUGGACAGGUUCUUGUCGUUGAUGGUGCUGGGUCUAUGGGAAGAGCUUUGCUUGGUGACAAUUUGGCCACAUCUGCAAUAAAAAAUGGCUGGAAUGGCAUUCUAAUAUAUGGCUGUAUAAGAGACUCAGAAGAAAUCUCAAAAAUGGAAAUUGGAGUGAAAGCCCUUGGAACAAUUCCUAGAAAAACAAUGAAAAAGAACCAGGGUACAAGAGGAACUGCAGUAGAAUUUGGGGAUGUUGUUUUCAACCCUGGACAUUAUCUCUACUCAGACCAUGAUGGGGUAGUGGUAGCCAAGACUAAAUUGGUGUACCCUAGAUUAUAAGACAGCAAAACUUAGAUACAGUGCAAAGGUUUAAGGGGGCUCUCCUAAUGGUUUUUGUCAAGUUACAAUUUUCUGACUCUUUAGGCUGUAAGAAGCUUUUUUGUUCUAUGUUGAGCUCAUAGGAUUAUUUUUACCAUUGUGGGUCGCCUUGUUUUAUCAAAAAUUUGCUUAAUAUUUCCAUUUGUGUUUGGUGUGUGGGUUUUGUAUCCUUCCCCUUCCCUGAUUCAAAUUUGAUUUAUCUACUGUAAAUAGAAUCCUAAUGCCCUAAAAUCGAUUUUAGAAAGAUACACAAGUUCACUUUGUACCCAGCACAUGAUUGUCUCACCAGGUAUGCCUGGCACUGAAGGUUGUCCCACAACACUACAACCAAUAUUUUGCCAACUUUGUUAGCUAUGCCUGGCAAUCUAGCAUGUUGUGACCAUGACAAAGGAUGAGCCAAGAAAGUAUAGACAAAACAAGGGGGAACACAACCCUAAUAAUAUAUACAUUCCAUUGCUUUUCUUUACUGUAUGAAACUUCAGCAAAUACCUACAAAGAUCAUUGAAAAUAUUCUGUUGAAUUGACCAAUAUAUUUUGAAUGGCUAAAAAGAAUUAUGAUUAAUUUACCAUGCGCAAUGUAAUCUAAGGUAACUAAAAAUUUAAAAGUCCAAGAACGUCCUAAUGUAUUUCGUGAAAAUUUAAAUAAUCCAUGCAAUUCUAUAAAAAGUUUUGUUCAUAUCGAGAUAAGAUUUUUUCAA